UUGUUGGUGUGGCUGAAAUUUCAAACUUUUCAAGGUUAAGCCUGAGAGAAAGAGAAAGUUCCAGCUACAACUAAUAUUCAUCUAAUCCAGUCAGUUAACUCUGGUUUAGUCCCUAAAAGCAAACGACGCUGUUUUUCUCUUCUGCCACAGCUUUCGUUCAUUCAGCUUUGAAUACAGACAGGAAAUGCUGCGUAUGAAAAUAUGUUUUCUUCAUUUCUAAUUGCAAGGACUAACUUUUUCAUGACUUUUUCUCUGUGGUCCUACUAAGGCAACUUUUUUUAUUCAAUUCUUAGAAAUCGCACUUCUACCAUGAAAUACAACUGUGUGGAUCGCCUGGUAUCGUGGACUUUUGGCCGACUGGGAUAUUACGUUGGUUCUUAUCCUGGGUAUUUCAUUAUUGUGCCGUUUUUAGUAGGUCUUCUCUUAGCCACAGGUCUUCAGAGAAUAGUAUACGAAGACAAUCCGGAAUAUUUAUUCAGCCCCGUUGAUGGACGAUCACAUACGGAAAGAAAAAUUAUUGAAACCUUUUUUCCAAUGAACACGUCAGAAAAUUUUGAUUUGGGCAGAAUGACACGAAUAGGAAGACUUGGUCGAGUACUUAUUGAUGCUAAAGAUGGAGGCACAGUUUUGCGUGAGCACAUAUUCAAAGAGAUGCAAAAGUUGGACACCACCAUUAGAAACAUAACUAUAACCUGGGACGGAGACACGUACCAAUAUAAAGAUUUGUGUGCUAAAUCUAAAAGAGCUUGUUUCCAUAAUGAUAUAUUAGAUUUUAAAGGAAGAAUUCGAGACAUUGAAAAUCGUAAGUACCUACUGAAAUAUCCAGUCAUGAUUAACCGAGUCACUCAAAAAAUAUAUCAAAUGCUUGGUGCUCUUGGAGGAGUAACAGUGGAUGAAUUAGGUUUCAUUCAAAACGCCUCAGCUUAUAACCUGAUUUACCCAUUAGACACAGACAUCAAACAUGGUAAUGAAAGAGCAAAACUCUGGGAGGACCAGUUUUUAUUGACCAUGAAAGGCAUUGAGAUGGAAAAUAUUACAAUUGGUUAUUUUGUUUCCAAUUCUUUGGAAUCGGAGUUAGAGAAAAACACCCAAAGUGUAAUACCUUUUUUCAGCAUUACCAUGAUCAUCAUGUUGGGAUUCUCGGUCUUCACGUGCAUGAUGUCAGACUGUGUGAGAAGUAAGCCAUGGCUUGGAAUCCUAGGAUGUCUCUCCUCGAUCAUUGCAGUAGCUGGUGCUUUCGGUUUAGUCAUCUACUGUGGUGUGGUUUUCAUUGGUAUCAAUUUGGCAGCGCCCUUCCUCAUGCUAGGAAUUGGAAUGGACGAUACGUUUGUUCUUUUGGCUGCAUGGCGUCGCACGGACCGGAAGAAGCCCGUGGAAGAAAGAAUGUCGGAGGCGUACAUGGACGCCGCCGUAUCCAUAACGAUAACGUCUCUCACCAACUUUAUAUCUUUUUUAAUCGGAAUCAUAACACCCUUUCCAUCUGUCCAGAUCUUUUGCAUCUAUACAGCUGUGAGCGUGCUCUUUGCCUACAUCUGGCAAAUAACCUUCUUUGGAGGAUGCAUGACGGUUUGUGGACUUGCUGAGGGUCGAAAUCUUAACAAUAUUUUCUGUGUCCCUGCAAUUCCCAGAUCUGUUGCAAUUUCAGAAAAGAAGAAUGUGAUAUUCCGACUCUUAUGUGCUGGUGGUGUUAACAAAGAUGAUCCAGACAACCCAAUGGAUAACAGGGAUCACGCUCUCAUGGUCUUUUUUCGAGAUUCAUUAGGUAAAUUCCUCAGCUACAAGUCCGUAAAGAUUUCAGUACUUUUGGUGUUUUUUAUCUAUCUGGGAGUUGGAAUUUGGGGUUGUACAAUGGUCAAAGAAGGCCUUGAAAGACAUAGACUUUCACGGUAUGAUUCAUACUCCGUCACCUUUUACAACAUGGAAGACAAGUAUUUCCGAAAGUAUCCAUACCGUAUUCAUAUUGUAGUAGCGGAAGAACUGAACUAUGCAGACCCUAAAGUACAAGAGAAAAUAGAAAAUAUGCUCCAGAAGUUUGAAAGUGCCAACUUUAUUGCCAAAUCUUCAUUGACUGAGUCUUGGCUAAGAGCUUAUUUAGAGUUUCAGAAAGAUGAUAGAGCUUUUUUCUUGUUAGAUGGUUUUAACUUGACUAUAAAGGAAGACUUUAUAAAAGCUCUCCGAAGUAUAUUUUUCAGAAUGCCACAAUUAGACCAAUUUAAGAAAGACAUAAUGUUUAAUGAGAAUGGGACAUCCAUCUUGUCUUCUAGAUUUAUGAUACAGUCUCAAGAUAUCCUAAAUGCUAAUGAGGAAAAAGACAUGGUCCUGAAGUUGCGCGAAAUUGCUGACAGUUUUCCUUUUAAUGUAACUGUAUUCCAGCAAUAUUUUAUUUUCUGGGAUCAGUUUAUUCUUGUUCGAGGGACGUCUAUACAAUCUAUUUCAGUUGCUGCUGCCGUAAUGAUGGUAAUAUUGUUGGUUUUCAUUCCUAAACCUGUCUGUGCGAUGUGGGUAGCCUUUUCCAUAGUUUCUAUCGAAGUUGGAGUCAUUGGGUAUAUGACUCUCUGGAAUGUCAACUUAGACUCUAUUUCCAUGAUAAAUUUAAUCAUGUGUAUUGGAUUUUCUGUCGAUUACUCGGCUCAUAUUUCGUACGCCUACAUAUCCUCAGAAAAUAAGAUGGCGGAUGAACGGAUGCGGCAUGCUCUUUAUUCUCUUGGAAUGCCCAUUCUACAGGGAAGUUUGUCAACCAUCUUAGGUAUAAUAUCCCUUGCCUUUGCACCUUCGUACAUCUUUCUUACUUUCUUUAAGACUGUCUUUCUUGUUAUUUUAUUUGGAGCACUUCAUGGUAGUCUGCUACUUCCGGUUUUACUUUCGCUUUCUGACUAUUGCUAUUCGAAGGAAAAAGGUUCUAUUGCAGAACUUUGGGAAAUUCCACGUGCCCUGUAUCAGCCACAAAAGCUUGGAUUGUCUGCUGCUCCACUGUCGUUUAAAGACAGUUUAAAAAUCCCUCGACCGUCUCACAUAGCGGCGUUAAGUAUUUCUGACCUGCAACCAGCACAAGUAGAUAGUGGGAAAGAAUCUCGAGAAACAUCUAGUUGUAAUAACAGUGGAGACAAAGACUUUGGUAUUGGUACUAGUGGGGAGGAGAGUAGUGAGAUCAGCUGGAAGGGAAGAGACGUGGAUCCAUUUUCUCAAACCCAACAUAGCACACAGUUCGUAGGAUACUCGAGCUGUAAAUCUAUUGAUAAAGGUGAAUGUGACAAUCCAGCCUUUGAAGCGGAAGAAAUCAUAGUGUAUGAGCAACCACACCCAGCACUAUCUUCUCGAAAUUCCUCCAGAAUGACUCUGUACCAUACCGAUAGUCGAACUGGCCUUUUUAACGCCCAAGACAGUGGGGAACAAUCUUUUUCUAGAAACAGCUAUUCAGGGUUAUCAGCAAGAAAUCUUAGAGAGUGGACCUACUCCGGUUCCGGGACAAGGGACAAUAUUUAUGACAGUCCUCUUUCAUUUGAGACUGGCCACAUGAACCAGGGUUAUGAGCAACAGAAUAAUCAUCCAUUCUGACAAAAAUUAACGUACUAAUACCAAGUUAUUUGGGAUCCAUAAUAGGCCUAGGUCUUGAAAUGUUCUUUAAUUUUUUAUGAUAAAACACUCAUCGGCUCUCCCUAUCUAAAUGCGUCAUUUGCACCUUCUAACGCUACCCAUUACGAAUACUUGGCCAAAACGUAGUUAUUAUCCUUAUAAAAUAAUCAUAUAAAUAACCCUUUGUCUGUAAUGUAAACUUUUGUUGUCAUAUUUGUUUUUCCAGUUUUACUACUAAAGUAAUAGACAUUAUAACAUUUCCUAGUCAGAUUUAUAUUAGAUUCAGCAAAGACGUUCCUUUAAAAAUAAAAAGUGGAAC